GUGUGGGAAGACGUUCUCCUCUGCCGAGCUGUCAAAACCCACCGCUAAUUAACCACUCUGAACCCUUUAACAGAUACAUAGAUCCAACGGAUCCAGGAGAUGACGAUCCUACUCUAUACAUAGUCGUAUCGCUCGUUACAAACUGCGUAAUUUUGACGCAGGCCAGACAUUGGUCAUUUAAUCGUUUUUACUCUUUUACUAUUCAAUCUGGGGACGCACCAAAGGCAUUUAAUGAAAUUUAUGAUAAGUGGAUCGCAAGCCUGAAAUUUAUUAAAAAAUCAAAUAAUAUCCCAAAAUCAAUCAUGAACUUUGUAGGAGAGCUAAUUGAAUUCAGCGAGUCUAAGGAGUUGGAGAAUUUGCGUGUUGCUUAUGAGCAGAAUUUCCAAGCUCACUUACUUGCAACCAUUUCAAGUGGGAGGAGGGAUAAAAAAGAUGAGGAGGUUGAAGAAGGCGAGGAGGUUGAGGAAGAAGAACCAUAUGUUCACAUUUCACAAAACUUUGAUUCAAUACCGGACUUUAAUCAAGUGAACAGCGAUGAUGAAUCUACGGAAGAAACUAUAACAUGCAAAAAUAAUCUUAAAAGGAAACUAGUAGACGAUGAAUUACCAGGCUACGAUGGAUUAGUAUUUCUAUUUAAUGAUUCGAAUGAAGAUAAGAUUAUAGAAAAAAUUGAUGAAAAUACUCUUGAGGAGGAAAGAAAAUUGCCACUAGCAAGUGAUAAUAAGGAUCAAUCUAUAUCUAUAUGUGAUGAAAUAUUAAAUAAGUUUCAAAAAUAUCAAAAUAAAAUUCCUAAAAUCUGCAUAGUAUACACAAUUGAUGUUAACAGUUCUUAUGAAUAUAGGAAGGAGAUUUAUGUUCUUUCAAGCAGUGAUGCUUGUAAUGAAAAAUUAGAUCCAUUUAAAAAAGCAUAA